CUGGGCUGUCCUCCCUUCCCCCUGCCUCCAAGGCCUCCACAGAAGCCUGGGAAUCUCCUCACAAGACAUUCAUAUGAGGAGCAGGCUGGCAGGGGGCACAAAGGGAGGGCGCUGCGCCAGCCAGAGCCCCCAACAGCCACGCCCACAAAGGAGGACCGGACCACACUGAAGGGAAAAGAAUUCAAGGGCGAUGGAGCCACCAAUCCACACUGGUCAGGCCCAGAUGCCAGGCCUCAGAGUGUGACCGAUGACAGCCUGCUACCCCUGACAUCCCGGCAGCUGGCAGCCUUCCAGGAUGUCUUCAAACUGUUCAGCUGCAGCCCCACAGGCACCGUGGACAUGCACAGCAUGAAAAUGGCCCUUCGCCACGUGGGGAUGCAGCUGGGCCCACAGGAGAUGUGUGAGGCCCUUCGGCUGGCGGACUUAGAUGGUGAUGGAAUCGUAAGCUUCAAAGACUUCCUAGGUGUCCUCACUGACAACCACCGCCUGGCUCAGUGCAUGGUCCACAUGAAGAACAGUCGGAGCUAUGAGCCCCAGGGCCUGCAGACCCUGUUCCUCGAGGUGCUGUUCAAGCUGCUGAGUCAGGGCUUUGUGCCGUUCAGAUCAAGGCAAGAGAUGAUCAGCUACUAUUUCAAGAAGCAGCGGGCUCUGCGGCUGAGCAUGUGCGGUAAUCGCCGGGCUCGCGGCCAGGGUGGGCGCAGCCCCUACGCUCAGAUUCCCAGCCUGACCGGGCGCCCGAGGCCAGAACACAGGAUUUCGAACCGAGCCCUAGGCUCCGACGUCCGCCUCCCCAAGCCCGAAAAGCCAGGCCGCCCGAAACUCCCUCCCAGCCUGUGGCCACUCGGCAAAGGUCCCCUCCGCCCUCCCGCUGGACUAGUGAGCCAGCCGGUGGAGCAAAUGCGCCCCCAGAAGCUGUCUCCUUCCCCGACAACUCUAGUGCAGAGGCACCCCAACUCCCCUUCGCCAGCCUAUUUCCAGAGAUCUGCUAUGAAGAGCUUGUACAAAUAAAGCGCUUGCUGAGCGAAA